CUGCUGCCAGAUGUGCUUGUAUACCUUCAAAUAUAUGCCGCGAUUCCCAUGGGUUCUCUAAUUAAUAUUUACAAGAUUUAUGGACGGUGCUACUAUAAGAUCCCUCAUGACAUAUGUGAAUUAGCAAUGAUGGAAAGUAACAAAACGGUUUCUUGUUCCUUCCCACUUUGGUUGAACGAAACAUUUCUCCACCUAUAUAAUACCAUUAGCACGAUACAACAAUUCGUCAGUAACAUCCAUUCCGAAUUCACUCACUACAUCACCUGUGAGCUCUUCCGUGCUCUUCGUUUCUUUUUAUCAGGCUACAAGAAAGCAAAUGAAAUGGCAAAAGCGUACGCGAGGACUGAAGGAAUUGGUAUGUCUGCCAAACCAGCCGAUCAUUGCUUCUUCCGCCGCCUGGGUGGACUGGUAGUGCAAACUCGUCGCAAACUGGAGCGUGAAAAUGCUGUUCCAGGGCGUCGUCCGCAGCUGAAAGACGUGUUUUACUAA